AUGUUUAAAAAUGCAAGAACACAGGCUAGGACUUGUUUAGGGGGGACACAAAAUUCCAAUGUUAAGGUUGGGCUUCAUCAGGCUUCAGCUUUGAACCCAUACAUGUUUGAUUUGAUAUUGGAUGUACUCAACCCGGAAAGAGUAAAAGCAACUCUAUGGGAUACGCCAUUUGCAGACGAUAUAGUUCUGAUAGACAGCGCCGAGGAAGAAGUUGAGAGGGACCUAGAGAGGGAGGACAGAGGGCAUAGGAUUAGUCGAAAGAAAGCGGACUAUAUGGUUCCCAAAGCGGAAGAGGCUGGCGAGGAUGUCCGGCUGCUGGGCGAAAAAUUCACAAGGACUAACACCUUCAACUGCUUAGGCUCCCAUAUGUCAUCAGAUGGGACAAUGGCCCAAGAAAUAAGUCAUAGGAUACAGUCAGGCUGGAGAAGCUGGAGGAAUGUGUCAUGUGUUUUGUGUAAUAAGAACGUUAAUGUAAGAAUGAAGGAAACAUUACGCAGGGCGGUGAUGAGACCAGCAGUGGUGUACGGGAUAGAAACGUAG